AUUGCACAAACCACCACUUAUUGGGGCUAGCGUUGCGCAAAACACCUACUAUACGGGUUUGUUGUGGAAAACACCAUAUUUUGGUGUAAUACAUUGCAGAUAGGUCUAAUCUGGUGUUUGAACACAUUAACAUAAUUACAGACAAAUGGGUCCCGCUUGUAAGUGCACGCGUGGCAAUAAAAACCGGCCACAUCAGCAACAUAUUAGACCAAGAAGUGAAAAGACCAGAGUAAUAAUAAUAAAAACAGUUAAACAAGUGGGCUGGAAGGCGACUAAAAAUAGGUGGGCUGAAAGCCCAUGUGGAUCAAACAAGACAUGGCCAUCUCGUACAGAGCGGCUCGAGCAGAGGAGCAAGCUUGCACAGACCUUCCGCACAGGGCACAGGAACAGCAGGCGGCGGCGGCGGCGACCAUCCCGUCGCUGGUGAUGGAGUGGAGCCAGCCGUUCCCCAACGCCGGGAAUGCAAAUGGCAGUAGCAAGGAGAGCAACACCGAUCCUCCAUCCAGCGUGGAGUGGCCUUCCGACUGGUACAUCGAGGAACCAAGGGCAAUCCAUCAAGAUUGGCCCAUUAACACAGAGAUUGACUUGAAUUUGGAUUACUCUGUGCAAAACCAGCUCAACAUGGAUUGCCACGUCCAGCAAAGAGAAGAAAUGGAUGAGAUGCAUGCAUUUGAAUCUCCACAAAUGAAUGCCAGUUUUUCCGAAGACCUUGUAUAUGAGUCACAUUCCAGCGAACAAUCAAGUUCUGAUGUUGAGGAUGUACUGCAGGCUCACCUAGAAGGGGACACGGAUGUUGAAGAAUUGUUCCCGGUACCUGAUGAGGAAGAGUUGGUUGAGGAUCCUAGGGUGGACAAGGCAGCUAUGAUAAGGGAAGCAAGAAGCAAAAAUGCGAAAGCCAAAGCAAUCAAGAUCAGGCAGGUUAAGCAAAGAGCAGCCGCAGGCACGAUUGAGGAUGCAUUUGUGCUUAGUGAUAGUUGUAGUGACGACAAUAGAGAGAUAAUAGAUUUAGACGACGAUGAUGGUGCUGUGUUGGGGAACGGCUGGCUCCACUCCAUCACCAGCGACGGGAUGGUCGCCGCCGCCGCCGCCUGCUGUUCCUGUGCCCUGUGCGGAAGGUCUGUGCAAGCUUGCUCCUCUGCUCGAGCCGCUCUGUACGAGAUGGCCAUGUCUUGUUUGAUCCACAUGGGCUUUCAGCCCACCUAUUUUUAGUCGCCUUCCAGCCCACUUGUUUAACUGUUUUUAUUAUUAUUACUCUGGUCUUUUCACUUCUUGGUCUAAUAUGUUGCUGAUGUGGCCGGUUUUUAUUGCCACGCGUGCACUUACAAGCGGGGCCCAUUUGUCUGUAAUUAUGUUAAUGUGUUCAAACACCAGAUUAGACCUAUUUGCAAUG